AUGAUACUACCCCAAGCAAUGCUCACGUACAAUUGUAUGAUUAACAAAACUACGGGUUAUACACCUUAUGAAUUACAAUUUGGCAGGGAACCCAAUCACAUCUUCAGUGAAGAAGAUGAGAAAUUAACCCCCCAGAAACAAAUAGAAAAUUUACAUAUACAACAUGAAGAUAAAUUAGAAGAAGCACGCAUUAGCAUACGCGAUUACCAAGAUUCUAAUUUACCUUUAAAAACCUAUGCACCCAUUGAUAUUAACGAUCUAGUUCUUGUAAAAAAUUUCAAUGCCAAAUCAUUCGAGCCACAAUGGAAAGGUCCUUUCCCUGUGGUAUCAAGACUUGUUAUUUUACAUGAGGAAGCAGAAGAUGGAAAUGCAAUGCCAGAUUUGGGAAGGCCUGUACAGGCUGUUAGUAUGGCUGUAACUAAUCUUGUAAAAGUUGGGAAGGAAACAAUAAAUUCAUCUGAUGAUGCUUUACUUAAGCAAGAUAUGCCAGCAGCAUUGCAACGUGUUGAGGGUGCUUCCCGUCUUCUGGAGGAAGCAUCAGCUAUGUUGAAGGAGGAUCCAUAUUCUGGACCAGCUAGUUUCGAUGAGAGUGAAGUACGAAAAAUUAUACGAGAAUGUAAACGUGUAUUGGAUUAUUUGGCUGUUACCGAAGUUAUCGAGACAAUGGAGGAUCUAGUACAUUUUCUUAAGAAUUUAAGUCCAUGUCUUAGCAAAGUGUCAAGAGAAGUUGGUGCUCGUGAAAAGGAAUUGACGCAUCAAGUACACCGAGAGAUAUUGAUUCGCUGCUUAGACCAAAUAAAAACACUCGCUCCGAUUUUAAUUUGUUCAAUGAAGAUUUUUAUUCAUAUUAUUUCACAAGGCGGAAAAGGUGCAGAAGAAGCGGCAGAAAAUCGUAAUUACUUAUCUGGAAGAAUGUCCGAUGAAUUAAAUGAAAUUAUUCGUGUUUUACAAUUGACAACAUAUGACGAAGAAGAAUGGGACGCUGAUCAAUUAACUGUAUUGAAGAAAGCUCAAAGUGCUAUAGAAUCCAGAAUACGAGCCGCUUUUGAUUGGUUAGAUGAUGGAAAAGCUUUAAGAGGUGGUGUAGGAGAAAAAAGUCUUCGCCAGAUAAUAGAGCAGGCAUUGCGUUUAGCAGAAUGUUAUCUUCCUCCAUCGCAAGCAGAACCCAUAUCUAAAUUGGCUUCACAAAUUAUCACUAUGACUGAUGCUCUUUGCGAACUACGUCAAAACGAGAAGGGUACUACACCUCAAGCAGAAGCAUUAGCACGCAGUAUUAAAGAGAAAUUAAACGAGCUCCGUGGCUUGGUAGCAUCUGCUUUGGUAGCAGCGGAUAAAUCAGGAAUUGCACAAACGGCGCAUACGGUAGCAGGCCGAUUAGAACAAGCAAAUAAAUGGCUUCUCAAUCCACAACAUGAUGAUAAGGGACUUGGUAAAAGGGCUAUAGCUUUAAUAAUACAUGAAGGAAAAAAGAAUGAGCAACCUGUAGCAAAUGUGAGUCUAAAUACUCUCCGUUUUAUUUUUCCAAUAUAUAAUUUUACUAUCAAUGUUACUGUUGCUAAGAUCUAUAUAGAGCAUUCUAUGCAUCGCAAAUUUACUUAAAUUUUUUUUGUAACAAUUUAUUUUGUGACAAUAUACAAAUAUGACAAACAAAUUCUUAAGUUAGACAAAAUUGAUAUCAUAAUUUUAUAAUAUUUUUACUGACAUUUCCAUGAAAAUUUU